UGUCUUGAGGCCUGCUCCCCGGCACAGGCCUUCACUCCGAACAGCCCGCACUUACCACGAAGGCGACAUCUGUGGCCGCUUCCCUACCCGAGCAGCUUCCGGACGUUUUCGUCACCUUUCGUCGGCCAGGCUUUCUAGGCUCUCAUCAUCGCGUCUCUCUUUUGGGAGCAGCCUCAACAUGGCUUCGGGUGCAACGUACUUCACCCGCGGGACUGGGAGCCCGUUUCUGGGCGCAGGCGUCGAGUGGGCCUCGAAUAUCGACCUGUUCCUGUGCGCGUUUCUCUCCGCCUCCGUGCUUGGCAUUCUCCUGGCUUUUUUCAACGACGAAGUGAGCUGGGGAUCCCUCCGAUGGAGUUGGAUCGCGACGCAGCUGCUCCCUAUCACGCCCUGCUCCUCCCAUGCCGUCUACAAAGACGUGGAGACCGCUCUCGCGAAGGCCGCGAGAAACAAAGCAGGAAGCAAACGCGCGCUCGAAGAGUUCCUCGCUGCCCUGCAAGACGGCACUGUCAUGGUCCUUCUCUCCAAAUGGUCCGCGCGUGGCUUCGAGCGCCUCGCGUUCUACUGGCAAGCGCUGAAGAUCAAGUACACCGCCCAGAGUCGCCGCCAGUUCUUCUACCAGAUGCAGAAAGUCCAACUCAAACUCGAAAUCAAACCCGGCGAAACGGAGAUGCAGUCCUACAACGACGCGAAACGCUACAUGAAAUCCAGGGACCUCUGGCCUUUCGCCUACGAAGUCUCCAACGUAAAGGACACUCAAGUCAUUUGCGAAGGCGUACGCGCCUACCCCAUGAGCUCCUACAGCUACCUCGACUUCGUCAGAGAGCCUCUCGUCCAAGAAGCGGCGUUGGCGGCAGGUCGCACGUGGUCGACCGGAAAUCACGGAGCGCGUAUGUUGGGAGGGAACAUGCGGAUUUUGCGUGACUUGGAGAAGAUGGUGGGACGUUUUUUCGGGCGCGAAGACUCGCUGCUGUGUGCUACGGGUUUCCUCGCGACGAUGAGCUCGAUCUGCGCUGUGGCGAAGGAAGGAGACUUGAUCGUUGGCGACAACCGGCUGCAUGCGAGUCUGCGGUCGGGCAUGAAGCUGUCCGGGGCGAAGGAGAUGCUCUUCCGCCACAACAACUGGCACCACCUGCAGCAGACGCUGGCAAAGCAUCGCAGAAAAUACAAAAACUGCUGGAUCGUCAUCGAGUCGGUUUACUCGAUGGACGGCGACAUCGCGGACUUGCCCGUGGUACGGCGUCUGGCGGACCAAUACAACUGCCGCAUCCUCCUAGACGAGGCUCACGGCCUCGGCGUGCUCGGGAAGACCGGGCGCGGGCUCGAGGAGCACUUCAACAUGCCUGGAGCUGCAGACGUGAUCGUCGGCACCUUCAGCAAGUCAAUCGGCGGCGUUGGCGGCUACAUCACGGGCGACAAUGACCUCGUCGAGUUCCUCGACUUCCACGCUCCUGGCAGCGUCUUCUCGGCACCCCUCACGGCGUACUCCGCAGGCGGUGCCAUGAUGGCCUUCGAGCUAAUGCAGGGCGAGCAGAGCUGGCGCAUUGCGAAGGCACAGGAAAACGCGAAGUACCUCAGACACGCACUCCAGACAGGCCUCGGACUCUGGCCCAAAGACUACCCUGCGGAGCGCAAGUUCGAGCUGGAGGGCGUCGCAUGCACGACAGUCAUCCCUGUCGUCUUCCCCCACGACGGUGACCGAGUCUUUCGAGUCACUCAGGCUAUGCUCAAGCGCGGCUGGAUGGUGGCCGCGGCGGCCUACCCCGCGUGCCCCUUGAACCGACCUCGAAUUCGAGUCACUGCCACCGCUGCAUACAAUCAGAAGAUGAUGGACGAAUUCGUGAAAAGCCUCGUCGAAGUCACUGUUGAAUGCCCACCCACUGACAUGCUCCGAUAAGACACAAAGUCAACAUCCACGCGAUGCUGUACAAUUUUGUAGAUACGUGUAGCGGGACGUCUACGUGGCGUACGUCUUACAGAGACCGUCGUGUCGUGGAGCGAACACGAGAGCAGAGGGGGGGAGAAGGAAUUUUUUCCAAGGGAACGAUUGGCGGAGAUGGAAGACUAUUCUCAAGGAUGCAGAGAUGCUUCUGCCCCCAGUUAGGUGUUGGUCGUCUUCUCAAAAUACUUGUAGAGGCGUAUGCAAGCGCAUUUGCACGCUACGCAUACACGCUUGCCUGUAGACACAUCCAGGUGUCUUGGUGGUAUUGUCUUUAGAUGCCAGAAGAGGUAUUCUGAACUGAGGACCAGGAUGGGGAACGGGUGUUUCGGGUGAGACGUUUUCUGAAGAGCCCAAAGACAGGAAAAAGUGCCUGCUGACAUCCUCAUCUCUUCCUUCUCCCCGUUUAGCCAAAACGCGGACCAACCCGUGUGUCCCCUGCAUUGCUGGGGAAAACUCUCCCAAAUAUGUGCUUGACUUAAACAAUUCCAUGUG